CGCGACUUGCAUUUCAGUUCACUGCAUAGUCGAAAUUGCUCCGCACUGCAAAAGCCUUCAUUCACUUACGGCCUUGAUUGCCCUCAAAACCUUGCUUUGAUUCAAAUAUUUGGCCUUGCUGUCCUGCUCAACUUGCUCGCGUCACUUCGUGGUCUAGGCUAACAUGCCUCGCGAGAUUGUAACCCUGCAGUUAGGACAAUGCGGAAAUCAAAUGGGGUCUGUUUUCUGGCAACGGUUAUGCGCAGAGCAUGGUAUCAACAAAGAAGGGAUCUUGGAGGAGUGGGCAACAGAAGGAGGGGAUCGAAAAGACGUGUUUUUCUAUCAAGCAGACGAUGAACACUAUAUUCCACGUGCAAUUCUAGUUGAUCUCGAGCCUCGCGUGAUCAACAAUAUCCUCACAUCUCCCUACGCCAAUCUCUACAAUCCCGAGAAUAUCUUCGUUUCCAAAGAUGGGGGUGGUGCAGGAAACAAUUGGGCUCAAGGGCACGCUUGGGGGGAGCGCAUCUAUGAGGAUGUUAUGGAAAUGAUCGACCGUGAAGCUGAAGGAAGCGAUUCGUUAGAGGGAUUCAUGGCCAUGCACUCCAUUGCAGGAGGAACAGGGUCUGGCCUGGGCUCAUUCCUUUUGGAACGAUUAAACGACAAAUUCCCGAAGAAGUUGAUCCAGACCUAUAGCGUCUUCCCGAAUGCACAUGAGGGAGAUGUUGUUGUACAGCCGUACAAUUCGAUGUUGACUCUGAAAAGACUUGUCAAUCACGCUGACUCUGUGGUCGUCCUCGACAACGGCGCGUUGUCUCGCAUAUCUGCCGACCGUUUACAUGUGCAAACCCCCACCUUCGAUCAGACUAACCAGUUGGUUGCGACGGUGAUGGCAGCCAGCACUCAAACACUCCGAUACCCCGGGUACAUGAACAACGACCUCGUUGGAAUUAUCGCGUCUUUGAUACCAACUCCACGAUGCCAUUUCCUGAUGACUUCCUAUACGCCUUUCACUAGCGACCAAAUCGACAAGGCGCGUGCUGCUCUGGCCCAUGAGGCUUGUGGGGAUGUUGACCCCACAGACGUCCAUCAAUCUCUCCUGCGGAUCAGAGAGCGACAAUUGGCCAAUUUCAUACCUUGGGGGCCUGCUUCGAUCCAAGUCGCGUUGACUAGGAGGUCCCCUUACGUUGCGUCCAACCACCGAGUCAGUGGAUUAAUGCUCGCCAACCACACCAGUAUUGCCUCGCUUUUCAAGCAAAUGCUCGAUCAAUUCGACAAACUGCGCCGGAAGAAUGCGUUCCUUGAGCAGUACAAGAAGGAACGGAUUUUCGAGAACAGUUUGGAUGAAUUCGAUGAUGCUAGGGCCACUUGCGAAGAGCUUAUGAAAGAGUACAAAGCCUGUGAGAGCGCAGAUUAUAUUACGUAUGGCGCACAGGACGGAGAACAACCAGCAUGAAUGACCUUAUAUCUGUAGCCUUAGCUGUAU